AUGGCUGCACCAUUAUAUACGACAAGCUCAGGUAAAUUAUGGCAUCAAGGAAAUCUACUCAUCGUCGCCGUUGGUUUACCAGCGAGGGGUAAAACUCACGUUUCAAGAUCAAUAGAGCGUUACAUACGCUGGCUUGGAGUAAAAGUCGGUACCUUCUCUUUAGGCGAUUAUAGACGCAAGACUCUCGGACGUGCGAAGGAUCUGCCACCAGAUUACUUCCUCCCUACCGGUAAAUCAGAAAAUACUGAGAAAUUACGUGAAAAAGUCGUCGGUGAACUCCAAGAUACGAUACAGGACUUUUUUGUAAAGGAUGGUGGUCAAGUCGCUAUAUACGAUGCGAACAACUCCACAGCUAAAGGUAGAACACAGAUACUGAAACGUUUCGGCUCAGAGGGGUUAGGCGUCCACGUCAUUUUCUUAGAGUGUCUAUGCGAUCAAGCUGAGACUAUCGAGUCAAACAUCCGUAAUGUUAAAAUCAGUUCACCAGAUUAUGAUAAAUGGGAUUCUGAAAAGGCAGUCCAGGAUUACUGGAGGAGAAUCCGCGAACAUGAAGAUCAAUACGAGACCGUUCAGGAAACUGUGCCAUACGUCAAAAUAUGGAAUGCAGGACAAAGGAUCGUCGUUAACAAGAUAGAAGGUUAUCUUCAGUCUCGUAUCGUCUUCUAUCUUAUGAAUAUUCACAAUAAGCCACGCACAAUUUACUUCGCCAGAAAUGGACAGUCAAUUGUCGAACACUCGUACAAAGCUGAUUCAGAUCUAGCUGCAGCUGGAUGGGAAUAUGCUGAUCAAUUAGCCGACUUCAUUCUCGACAAGCAACGUAAGCAACGCAAGGAAAGAGGCGAACCAAAGCCACCAAAGAAUGAACGGAAAUUCUCUGUGUGGACAUCUACCCGUCGUCGCUCUUAUCACUCCGCUUGGCCAUUCGUCAGACUCGGUUAUAGAGUACACGAAAGAGCUCAGAUGUCAGAAUUAAAUCCCGGUGUUUUAGAUGGUGUAGGACCAGAAGAGUUUAGGGAACAGUUCCCUAAUGAUUGGCAUGCUUCACUCAAAGCACCAUACUCAUUUAGAGCUCCUAGAGGUGAAUCAUAUCACGAUUUAUGCGUGAGACUCGAGCCAGUUAUUUUCGAAUUAGAGAGAGAGCAGAAUGAUCUUCUCAUAAUUUGUCAUGCAUCCGUCAUACGUUGCUUGAUUGCAUAUCUUACUGGUUUACCGCCAUCUGAAAUUCCAAAUGUAGAAGUACCACGUGGAGAACUGAUUGAAAUGGUACCAACAGCAUAUGGUGUGCACUCCCGUUCAUUCAAAUUCUGGGAGCCUAAACCUACUGAUCCACCUCCACUUGUCAUUAGAGACGGUAUCUUGAGUCCAAGAGUCGACAGUGAUUCUUCUCCAAUGCAAUCUACCCCAACACAACCAUUCGCACAGGCCGUUUUAGAGAAGGCAGCUGAGAAGAUAGGUACACCAAAAGCAGAUAACUAA